CACUCGUUGACUGCGGUGAGAGAGAGGCAUGGCAGCAAGUGAAGCUGGUGCAUGACCUCAUGUCCUAAAGAAACGAGAAUAUAUUUAAAUAGUGAACUUCAUUUGUUGGGCUUUAUAUGUUAGUUUCGUGAAUUUGAUAGUAGUUGUUUAUCGCGUCUUUUCGGGUUGUGUUACUUUGUUAGCAGAGAAGGUACAGUAAGAUAACUGUAGCAUGCUAACAGCUAAAGUCAAAGUUAUCACCACACAGUUGAGGCUUAAACACAAUGUAAGAAUCUAACUUUGCUUUGUAUGAGGUCGUGGCGAAUGGUUCUAGCGGUCAAACAUAGUAUUAAACAUCGUGAACCCAUUAGGAAUUAAACAUCAAGGGUUUCCUCAUGAAGACAGUUUCUUUCGUACAAAAACACGUCAAAUUUGACUCAUUUUCAAGGCCAGGCCGGUUUGUUUUUGGAGCCGAAUGACAAAUGACAGUCUGCCGUAAAAUCUGUCGCGCUGUUUUGCAAUUUUUCAAGAAGCUGUUGAACUUAAUCACAAUGCGACGACUUUUGAUGAGAGUCCUAAACCGAGUUCUGCUGAGCGAUACGUUUGCACCAACAAUGGGCGUCGAAGCAGAGAUACACACACAAGGCCGCCGAAAACUGGUGGUGGGGCUCGGUAACCCAGGGAUGGAGGAUACCAGACACAGCGUCGGCAUGGCGGUGCUUGGUGCGCUGGCCGCCCGGCUGGGUUUGGCGGACCGUUGGCGUGGCGACAAGAAUGUGUCGGGUGAGGUCAUCUUGUCCGAGCUGCCGCACACGCAUGUGGUGCUGCUCCGUCCCAAGCUGCUCAUGAAUGUCAACGGAGUAUCAGUGGCCAAAGCAGCUGGUAAAUAUGGCAUCAAGCCUGAAGACAUCCUGCUGGUCCAUGAUGAACUAGACAAGCCUCUGGGGAAAAUCGCUAUGAAGCAUGGAGGGAGCGCCAGAGGCCACAAUGGAGUCCGCUCCUGUGUCGAUUGUCUCCAGACUGAUGUGAUGCCCAGACUUCGGGUCGGUAUUGGCCGGCCGUCAGGGAAAACGCCGGUGGACCGCCACGUUCUGAGCCGGUUUACCUCUGAAGAACAGAAGGUUCUGGACUCUGUUGUGGUCCAGAGUGUGGACCUCCUCCUCUCCCAGCUCUCCCAGCAGGACACCCAGUCCCCCUCCUCACCAAAAGGGGGCAGACAAGCAGCACUGAAGAGGAAGGAGAGGGAACCCUCAGCCUCUCCAGAUAUUGGCGGUGAAACCAGCAGCCAGAAUCACAUCAACCUGAUUGUUGAUUCUGAAAAUGGUUUCAGUCAGAUUUGCUGACAAGCUUUUGCUCUGGUAAAGAAAUGAUUGAUAGCUGAUGCAAACAGAUAACUGUAUGCCUGUUAGGCCACUGUGUUUGCUUCAUGCAGAUUUAUGAACUCUGAUGACUGAACUGACUAAAGGGUUAUUGCUGGGAAUCCUGAGGAGGCCACAGAGAUCCCUGUGAAGCCAGACAUAUGGAUUAACAGAAAGAUCUACUGUUCUGACAUUUAAGUGCAUAUACAUUAAACAAAAUAAAAAAUAUAGUGAUAACCAUUUUAAUAUAA